CUGUCCCUCCCUCUCUCUCCCUCUGCCCCUGGCUCUCUCUGCCUCCCUUUCCAAAGCUGUUGUUACUGUGCGGCUCCCGCACAUCAUUCCACCGCGAUGGAAAUUAAAUGAAGGUGGCUUAACGCAGCUAACAGAGGCAUGCUUUGAAGGAUGUAACCAGGGGAAGCUGCUCUGCCAGAUCCUUUUCCAUGGGCUGUGGAUUUGCGCUGCUGAGGCGAGGACACAGCAAUCACUCAGCCAUGCAGAAGCCCAGACAACAGGACUAAUCUCUCCACCUGACUUGUGGGAGCUCCACUUUUUUUUUUUUCCUGAAUUAUUUAUUCCUCACCGCCAAAGACAGUGUGGGACAAUGGAGCCGGAGUGAAGUAGAUGUUAAAUUUGUAGCCUUGACUGCAGUCUGCAGCACACAUGGAUGUGUUCAGCUUUGUGAAGAUGCCAAAGCUGCCGGGCCACAGGACCAAAUCCUCCGGCUGGCCGCCCCCGUCAGGGACCUGGAGCGCUUCGCAGGGACCCCCCAAUGGCUGGGACAUGGGCACCAGUAGAGAGGGGCGUGACUGCUACAUCAACCACGUCUCCCAGAGCAGCUCCCUGGAGGAGGUCCGUCUGGAAGGGGACAAGUUUGUGCCACCAGCGCCCCGGAAGGUGGAGAUGAGACGAGACCCAGUGCUUGGCUUUGGAUUUGUGGCUGGCAGUGAGAAACCUGUGGUGGUCCGCUCAGUAACACCAGGGGGCCCAUCAGAAGGCAAGCUGAUCCCAGGGGACGAGAUCAUCAUGAUUAAUGAUGAGCCAGUCAGUUCAGCACCCAGGGAGAGGGUUAUUGACCUUGUCAGGUAUGACAACACACUAAGGAGCUGCAAGGAGUCCAUAUUGUUGACCGUUGUUCAGCCGUACCCAUCGCCCAAAUCGGCAUUCAUCAGCGCAGCCAAAAAGGCCAAGUUAAAGACUAACCCUGUUAAAGUGCGCUUCGCUGAAGAGGUCAUCAUCAACGGCCAGGUCCCCGAAACGGUGAAGGACAACUCUCUUCUUUUUAUGCCAAAUGUUCUGAAGGUGUACCUGGAGAACGGGCAGACUAAAUCAUUUAAAUUUGACAGCAACACAUCCAUUAAGGAUGUCAUCUUGACCCUGCAAGAAAAGCUAUCCAUUAAGAGCAUCGAGCACUUCUCUCUGAUGCUGGAGCAAAGAGCUGAGGGAACCGCCAGCAAACUCAUGCUCCUGCAUGAGCAGGAGAUGCUAACUCAGGUGACACAGAGGCCAGGGUCACACAAGAUGAAGUGCUUUUUCCGCAUCACUUUUGUCCCAAAGGAUCCUGUGGACCUGCUUAGGAGAGACGCAGUAGCAUUUGAGUACCUCUAUGUUCAGAGCUGCAACGACGUGGUAUUGGAGAGAUUUGGGUCAGAGCUGAAAUACGACACGGCCCUCCAUCUGGCUGCCCUGCAAAUGUAUAUUCUAACCAUCAAUACCAAGCAGUCCCAGAAAGUGUCCCUCAAGUAUAUUGAGAAGGAGUGGGGUCUGGCGUUGUUUCUGCCUCCUGCUGUGCUCUCUAGCAUGAAAGAGAAGAACAUCAAAAAAGCCCUCACUCACAUCCUCAAAACCAACCAGAACCUGGUGCCGCCUGGUAAAAAGCUGACCGCCUUGCAGGCAAAGGUCCAUUAUCUGAAGUAUCUCAGUGACCUGAGGCUGUACGGAGGACGGGUGUUUAAAUCCACACUAAUUCAAGGCGAGAAGCACACAGAGGUGACGCUGCUGGUCGGGCCCAAAUAUGGCAUCAGCCAUGUGAUUAACACCAAAACAAACCUGGUAGCACUUCUGGCUGAUUUCAGUCACGUCAACCGCAUUGAGAUGUACACAGAGGACGAGAACAGGGUCAGAGUGGAACUGCACGUUCUGGACGUAAAGCCCAUCACUCUCUUAAUGGAGUCUGUUGACGCAAUGAAUCUGGCCUGCUUGACUGCUGGCUACUACAGAUUACUGGUGGACUCCCGGCGCUCCAUCUUCAACGUGGCCAAAAACACAGACAGCCUGGAAACAAGUACGUCUGAGCUGAGGAGAUCACAAAAUGACUCGUCAGAAAAGUGCUGUGUUCAAAUGUUUCAAUUUUGGUUCCUCUUCCCAGGCCAUGCUGCGAGAGUAAAGCAGAACUACCAGGCCAUCGAGUGCACGUACAGCACACCAAAUAAAGGAUGUGAAGACAGAAACAACCAGAGGUGCAGCCAAGACUAUUCUGAUCAGGAGUGUGAAUACCUUGACCACGGGAGAUAUGAGGGCCAGCCGGUCUACGUGACUGAGAUCCACCAGGCCCACUCGAUGCACAUGGCGGAGAGAGUGGAGUGCUGCAGAAUCCCUUGCUCUCAAACUUACCUCAACGUCCCGAGAACCAAACCCCAAGACUCUUCCAGGAGUGCAAAGGUCUCCUUCAUUUUUGGAGAUCCCCCCUUAGACGGUGUAAACCCGCAGAAUCUGGGCUACCAGCGGCUGAUGGAUGAGGGCCCGGAGAUUCUAGACAAUCACAGCCCCAUGUACAGGCGUCUUGAGGACGACUAUAAGAUGAUGGAUGCCAUCGAGGAUGGUGACGGGUAUCAGUACUCCACCAAAAUCUUUGGUCCUACCGAGUGCAUCGAGGAGCCGCUGCUGCACGACAUCUGCUACGCCGAGACGACAGAUGACGCCGAGGAUGAGGAUGACAUCAGCUGCGAGGAGGACAUGGUGAUGAGUGACAUUGACAAGCCUAUGCUGCUUUCGCUCUCAGGGUCCAGCGAUGACAUCAUUGACUUGACCUCCCUCCCUCCCCCACCGGAGGGGAAUGACGAGGAGGACAAUGACGUACUGCUGCACUCUCUUAACCUGGCCAUCGCUGCUCCUCCUCCCGGCUUCAGGGACAGCUCAGACGAGGAGGAGCAGCAGCAAGGGGCUGGGGGUCGGGCCCCGGCGGCCCGCAAUGAUAUCCCGGUGUCUGUCAUAGAUUCAGUGCCCACCCACAGGGCAGAGGGCCACGGAGAGCCGCUGAACGAUGCAGUGGUGUCCACCUUACAGGCGCUCGAGGCCCUCGCCGCGUCUGAGGAACAGAGUCCAGCACAGUCCGAGAGUAGCACAGGUGUAGAAAUAUCGCGAGCGUUUAGCCCUGAGUCCUCAGAUUCUGGCAACGAGACCAAUUCCUCCGAGAUGACGGAGAGCUCGGAGCUAGCCACUGCUCAGAGACACUCUGAGAACCACCUGAGGAUGCAUGUGGCCAUGACAGAGGGGUACCAUGCCGUAAAUGAAGACAAGACAGAGGUCACCGGGACUAGUGAUGGCGGUGCGGCAGCUAUGCAGUACAAUACCCAGGAGCAUCAGGAGGAGGAGGCAAAAUCAGCCGUCGCCUCCUCCCAGAUCUUUCACUCAGAUGGCGGUGAGAUGGAGCCGGAGACGAUGGAAAUAAAAUCGGUGAGUGAAUACUUCACCAAGAUGCACAUGGGCUCAGUAAUGGGCAGGCAGAGAGGGAAGCAAGGAAGCCAAGGAAAUACCUGUGAAUCCUCCGAUAGAUCUCACGUGAUGCCUCACGACUCGGCUAAAGAGGAGCCCCCUCACCUUGUUGGGAAGUACAACGCGUUCACUGUGAGGGAUUCCUAUUACAUGAAUCAACUCGAUCUGGGGCGAACUCACUUGAAAGACAGGCAUCAAAAAUGGCAGCAGAGAGCGCCUGGAAACAAAAUGGCAGAAAAUCUCCCUCCAGAAUGUGCGAAUGACUCACAGGCUUCCCACGCAGACAGGUUGACCGUCAAGGGAGAGAAACAGGACUCGGAUGAAAAAAGCCAGCACUUAAAUCUGCGCUCGCCGUCCAAAUGUUCCGUCUCUGCCGAGGGAGACGCCGCUUCACAGGAUAAUCAUCAGCAGCAAAUUAAGAUCCCGCCAUCUGAGCAAGACCUCGCUCGGUUGUAUGAAUACCACGUGAGCAAGCGCAUGUCGUCGAUACAGAGUGAAGGCGUUCAUUCCCUCCAAAGCUCACAGUGUUCCUCGAUCGACGCCGGUUGUAGCACGGGCAGCAGCAGCUGUGUCACUCCCAUGGAUUCUCCCCUUUGCGCCACAGACAAUAUGCACGUACUGUCCGAGUCCUCGCUCAAGGGGCUGAGUUACGUAACGGCCGAGGAGAGAGCUUCUGGGCCCACCGGUCAGGGGAAGGUUGGCCAUCCCAUGGACCCCACCCUGCUGAGGAAGAUCCAUGCAGCCACCAGUGCUGAGCCCGGGUUCACAAUUACUCGGGACGGCAGUCACAGAAUGCCCAAGAUUAAAGAAACCACAGCUUGCACACAGCUGAAGAAGGUUGGGGAAGAGUCAUCUUUAGCUCUCUGUACUGAGACCACCACCACAACCAUGUCACCGUCAUCAUUAAGAAGUAGCACAGAGCCCGCCGGGCUAACACAGGCCAGUCCCGAGCCCGACCCACACGCCCUGGCAUCCCCUUCAAGCGCAUCUUCAUGUGACCCUACAUCAGGCAGCCUCAGGAAGCCACGCAGGGUCCCGCUGCUCAGGAGGAGCUGGAGCACCAUAAUGCCAGGUUCCAGGAGCUUAGAAGCACUGAUAGAUAAGACCAAAGCCACACUCGGUGGGAAGAGUCGCGGUCAGAAUUUCCAAUCUCAAGAUCCCUCAAAAGUGCAGAGGAUAUUCUCUGCCAAAACCUUGCCCAAAAGCUUUUCCCAGGGUUCAGUCGCGUCUAGUUCAUCCGAUAGAAAGCUGCAAAGAGGACCCUCCGUCUUGCUGUCCCCAGCACCGAGGCUGGAUGCAGGUACGUGGAGGUGCCGUGGACCGUUCAGUGACUGUUUCCUGCGGAGAAGGACAAACACUGAUGAAAAUAGAGAGAUUCCCUCGCAUCCUCUGUUCUCCGUCAGCUCGGUUUCUUUCAGUCGCAAGGGAAACACGAAAGCCGCCUGUAAAACCGAGCGGAGCAACGCGGCGAUGAGCGACAUGAGCCUUAAAGCAAGGCUAGCCCGUGUAAAUUCCAUGAAGGGAAAAACCUACAGCCUUCACACAGGCUUUGCACUUGCACGGAAGGAUGCCUUAGAGAUAGCCGGCGUGUUGCGCUCCAGCGUCUGCCACUCGUGCAGAGGCGAGAGGCAGGAGGUGAGCGAGGCCGACAUGGACGCAUUCUCCCAGCUGCUCUUUAUGCAGGCCAAGGUGCUGAGCAGCGCCUGCAGUCAGAUGGCCGCGGAGUAUGGCAGCCCAGAGGAGUUACUGCUCACUCUGACGCACAGCUUCCACACGCUCUGCUGCCUGACGCAGGCCUGCAUGUCACUCGUGGAAGGCCUGAGCAGGGAGAGUGAGCGGCGCUCGGUGGUAGCCAAGGUGGAUGAGGUCGUCAUGAACUACGUGUGUCUGCUGAAAGCCGCUGAGGCGGCUUCAGGAAGCUCCCCCAGUGACCAAAGUGUGAAUGCAUUGACACAUCACUCUGCCGCCAUGUCUGCUAUUAUAAACACACUAACUCACUCACUGAAAACACUGCUCGACAAAUAAACUGUUGUUAUUUUAUUCUGAUUAUUGAUUUUAAAGCCAUACAUAAGAGACAUGGGUCUAACAACCAAUGUGAACUGCUGUGAAAGAAAAAAAAACUUGCCUUGUGUAUACAAUAUUUUAAUAUGUAAAGUAAAACUAAAAUUAUAUGAAACAUUAAAGUUUUAAAUAGAUUAUAUUAAGGCCUCAAUGAAGAAGCAUACAGUCCCCCUCCCAACUAUAUUAUCUAAUAUGACAUAAUAGAGAUUGUUUGAAUGAUUUAUUGGUUAUAUUAGGGGCAUAACAUGUAGAUUAUUACCACCUUGUUAGUACCUUGUUUAUAAAUUGUAAAAAUAUAUAUUAUGUUGGAGAAACGCAUACACUAUAUACAGCUCUAGACAAAUCAUUGCACAGGACAAGACAUGAUCAAAUAAAAGUAAUGAAUAUAACUUUUUCAUUUGCUGGAUUCACCUUAAUUUAAUGGAUACUUUACACAUGAACACUCAGUACUUUCCUGUUACUUUUUUGUCAAGAUCAUUAAAAAGAUUAAAACUUUUCAAAAGUUUGUAUUUGAAUUUUUGAAUGUCUGUUUGUGUUUGAAUAAACAUGAGUUUGUUGCUAUUCAUCACCAACCUUGGGCAGAUAAAACUUUUUUUAAAAUUUUAUUUAUUUAAUUAUCAAGGAACAUGGAAGGUCACCAUCAUCAUUAAAUCAGUUGAUCCUUGAUGCAUUAAAAGACUUUUCUAGAUUA